AUGAAAGUGAAGACUGGACAUCAGGAGCUGUUAAGAUCGUUGUGGCGCUUCCCAAAGCGGGACGUCUUCGACUGUGUGCCGUUGCAUUAUCUCAUACUGAAGCUGAGCGGUAUGGGCUGCAUAACACCGCUGGCUGGUGUUCGCAACGGGUCCACCAUAACGACGUUCGUGGAUAUUGGACUAUUUGCGUUUAACCUGAUGCUGGCCGUGAGCAUGAUGGUUUACGGGACGUUUGUAACGCAGCGUCACUUGCAGUCACCCAUCAUGUUCAUCGGGUUGAAGCUGGUCAAUUUCACCUGUUACGCGUCAACCAUUUACGGGUUGAUCAGCUGCUUCAUAAAUCGGCACGAGAUCUGGAAAUUCUACAACGAAGCGCACGCCGUGGAUGUAAUGCUGGAGGAGCUCGGCGAACGUACCAACUUCAGCCGCAGCUUUGUACUGUUCGUGGCUUACUAUGGAGCGGUCAUGGGAACUUGCUGCCUGGUGAUCGUAGUAAUGUAUCGAGAAAAUGUUCCCUGGAUGUUGCUGCUGAAUCUGGGCUAUUCGUACUUUUGCCUCUCAACGUUCCACAUCGUCAGUCUAACGUGUCUGGACGUGGUUUGGAUGCGGAACAUGCGUUUAAACCGGGUAUUUCGCAAACAAUUCUCGCUCGCGGAUAGCGUUGUCGAUGCACCAACGCUGACUGUCUACGAUACCAAGCAGAUGGCGGUGCUGCGCCGCGUAAUGCAAAUAUUUGAUCACAUUAGUGACCUAGCGGAUAAGGGUAGCUUCUACUAUGGCAUACAGAUUAUGGUUAGCGUUGCGGGUUCGUUCGUGUAUUUGCUGUUCUACACAUUUGCCUUCACGCUGGUCAUCCGUUCCGUGCUGCCGUUCGAGAGUGUGUUCAACAUGGGUCCAAUCAUUUCGUAUCUGAUGUUUGCGUACAACGUUUUUAUUGUGGCUUGUUUCGGCAAUGCGUUAAAGCAGCAGGGUAAAAUUACAUCCCAACUGAUCGACAAGGCUAUCAAUUCGACGAAUAAUGCAGAAUUAAUUGAGAUGUUGCGAAUGUUUUUGAUGCAGCUGGGCCAUCGAUCACCGUUGAUAACAUGCGGACUUUUUCCAUUCGACUGGACGCUGAUUUUUUCGAUCUUAUCCACCGCGGCCACUUAUAUCAUCAUUUUGCUGCAAUUUGAAAGUGCUGGAAGUUCAGCGGCCUAA